AUGCUCUUGGAGCUGAUUGACAGCAUGGGCUUCCGUGGACAGUAUGAUUUCUUGUACCUCCCCAUCGAUUUCCAGACCCACGCGUGCCUGGGCUAUGCGUUCGUCAAUUUGGUGGAUCCAGGUGUGGUGCCCUCGUUUUGGAGGGCAUUCGAUGGCUUCAGCAAUUGGAGCUUGCCAAGCAAGAAGGUUUGCUACAUCAGCUGGAGCGGCCCCCAUCAAGGCAAAGCUCUUCUUGUUGCACCUCCCUCUCCAUUUGACUCCUCGAUACAUCAAUGCCUUCUAUUGACCUAUCAGGGGUGGUUUACAUCGCAUGGGCAGUAA